AUUUGAAUCAGGUGUGUUGGAGCAGGGAAACAUCCAUAACAUGCAGGACAGUGGGCCUCCAGGACUGGACUUGAGAACCACUGGCCUAGGUAAUAACAUAAAUAAUACCAAUGCAACCAUACAAUUAAUACCAAUGAAUGACUAAUGAAUGAUGUUCAGGGUACCACACAUGGUUUUUAUUCUCAAAAUGUAAUACAUUCAGGAUGCUCAGUGCACAUUGCACAGCAGGGGGCACAUAACAUAGGCUUACAUCAGCAGCAGGACUAAAAUGCUUUUACUUUACUUUAUUUUUACAAUAAUAUAUUUGAUCAUACAUAAAGCAUCACUCACACAUGAAAAAAAAUAAAAAAACAUUAAAAUUAUUUUUUGAUUGCUCCUGGGGGCCCCCUACUGGCCGCGGGGCCCUCAGCAGGCACUUCUGCCUUGGGCCGUCUCUGCUUAUGUCCUUUGAACAACAAUGAGGAUCGUCAGUCUCCUUCUUCACUCAACUGUUGCAUUGUACUUCUAAUUUGUUCAUAUAUGGAACCAUUUAGUUUUUUGUUCAUAUAUAAACAAAAACAUAUGUUUCAAUUCAGACUUGUACUAAUUUAAUUAAACUAGACAUUUUCUCAUUACCGUCUUUUUACUUUUUAUUUCUUUGAUAAGAUGGAGACCAGCAUUUAAAAACAUUUCAUUUAAAGCUCAGAUUUGCAUCUUAAUCUGGUAGGUUGUGGGAAACAAAGAAUUUUCGGGUAAUUUGGUGUUUACUGCUCUUUGUCCGGUUGAAGCAAAAAACAAAACACUGCUUUCUGCUGGACCAAACCAAAUCAAUUCAGGGUAGAAACAGACUAAGACUAUGUGAAAAUAAUGGUUAGAUAUUAUUUAAAGAAGGAUUAAGAGAAUGUAUGUGAUUUUCAAGAUACUUAAAUACAAUUUGAAAUGUACUUCAACGCUUCAAUAUCUGUAAUUAAUAUAAAAACAGCUGGAAUCCUUCAUUGGUCUCCCCUUUGACAUGGAUGAAGUCGCCGGAAAGAGAUUCGUGAUUCUGUCUCGCUAUUGGUCCAAAGUUCCCCGCGAAAUCUACGUCACCCGCAGUUUCGCGCCAGAUCUGCAGCAGUGAGACGUGCAUAGAAGAAGAGGUAAAGAAACUCUGCUUUAACAAACUUAAAUAUGGAUUUUUAUGGGUUGAAUUUAGGCUUCUUUUAUUUAACAUGUAUCGUUUUUGAUCGCACUUUUAUCAGUGUUGUGUGUUUUACUCAUCUGAAAUAAUUUAAGUUAUGAAGACAGUUUCAGCUCAUUGUUUCUGCUGCACCCACAUGUCCGAUGGAGGUUAUUGUUGAGUCAACCAAAGCCUCAGAAGAGUGCAAUAGAAAGGAUGCUUUGUAUUUUAAUGUUACAUGUAAUGUCAAAGUUGAAGUUAUUGUUCAAAUCUGAUACAUGAUAGUAAUUUUGAAGUUUAGCGACACGGAAGUUAACUUUCUAAUGCAGAAACAAUCAAAUGUCAGCAGCACUUUUACAAUGAGACUUGGCUUACUGAUGCCAAAAACUCGCAUCUUUUUGUCUAUGUGUGAUUUAAACUAGAGCUGCAAAUAAUAUUACAUCCUAUCUGAAGUGUUUACAUGGAGGAUAAUUAAUUGAGCUACAUAAAUACAGAUAAAGGAAAUACUGAAGAGUGCUGAAAUGUGAACAUAAACACUGUCAAUAUAGUUAAAUAUCUACUAUAAUGUAUAUCAAACCAUGGCUCCAGUUUCUUUAUCAGAAUUUCCCAUACAUGUGUCAUUGUAUUUUGUGUGUAUCCCCAUAAACUCGAAUGCAAAGUUGACAAGUUAUCCUGAUUUCAGAACCUUCAACCCUGACUGGUGGAUAACUGAAAUAAUAUUAUACAUACCUGAUAUUGGUGUCAUGUGGAAGGUUAUAUUUUAGGGCCUUUAUGUUAAGUGAGGAUUUUCUGAUAUUAAAUUUUGAGAAAAUGGGAUAUGACCUGCCAACAGCAAGUAAAGAGAAUAAAAUUUUGUUAUUUUUAAACUUCUUACAAUGUUUGACUGCUCAAAAAGCUCCCCUAUCAAAACGCAGUUGUCUUUUCAUCUUGUCUUUGUCUUUUACUGCAAUUAAGGUGAAAAUAUGAAUUCUUAAGUGCAGUUCACUUUUUUUCUUUUCCUGCAGAGGUCAGUAAAUCCCUUUUUACGCUUGGUUUUUAAACACACAGUAAUUUAACUUUUCACCAUUCAACCUUUAGAUAUCCUGAAACCAUGUCUUCUCCUACAUCAACUCCUGGCCGUAAACGAGGGAGGAACACCAACCCAUCCACACGUAUGUUUCCUGCAAACAGCUGUGAUUAACGCUCUAGAAGACUCUGUGUGACUUAAGUUUAUAAUUUUUUUAUUUGCAUUUCCAGCCAGCAGUGAGGUCGCCCCUUCUCCUCCCUCUCAGCGACGCAGAGGCCAGGACUCCUCUGCUGGGGACCUAAUGCCAAUGCCAACCUCCCCGGCCACUGAUAUUGUCAGUCCAGCAGCCCCUCAGGACACCUCUCUGUUUUCCAGCCCUCGUCCCUCAGGUGCCUCAGCCACAAAGUGUCUUCAGUUGAAGUUCUUGUACUUCAGCCUUAUUUAAAUCAUGUACAGGACUUUUUUUCUAACAUAUUUGUGUCUCUUUUUGCAGUCCUACCAAAUGAAGUGGACAUGAGCUCUCCUCUGAUGUAUGGGACCCCCAGCUCCAGGGUUGAAGGGACCCCGCGCAGUGGUGUGCGUGGCACGCCAGCCAGACAGCGGCCUGAUCUGGGGUCAGUCAGGAAGGCUCCACAAGUUGAUCUUCACUCUGAGCAGGUCAGUGGAGUCCUCUAGAUUAAUAAUCGAGACUUUUAAUAGAUUUAUAAGUUUAAAGGAAAACUUUGUCUAAACUUUUUGUGUUAUUUUGCAGCCGAGUGCUGACGGGGCUGUUGCCAGCGAAUCAAAUGCUGGUCAGCGGCUAGUGAUCUGGGGGACCGACGUUAACGUUGGUAGUUGCAAGGAGAAGUUUCAGGUGUGAUAUCUUAUCUUUCAGCUUUAGUUUGAUAGUCUGAUUUAUUAGUGUAGUAGAGGUUUAUGUUGACAUUGUUUGCGUCACUUUGCCUUCAGAGGUUUCUGCAAAGAUUCAUCGACCCGACUUCCACUGAAGAUGAGAACGCAGGUCUGGACCUGAAUGAACCACUGUACAUGCAGAAGCUGGAAGAGGUACUGACCCAGUUUAGUUGUUUUAUAAGAUUGAAAUCAAACAGUUUGGGCUGAACAAAUGUGGUAGUAGAUGCUCUCACACUCUCGAACUGUCACAGUUAAGAUUCUCAGGCUGGUUUGGGAUUUCUCUCUGACUUUAUCACAGCUAAUCUCAGAUGCGAACUUACUCUUACUUCUCUUUGUGUCUCACAGAUCAGUGUUGUUGGAGAUCCGGUACUGAAUGUGAAUUGCCUGCAUGUGCAGUCCUUUGACGCAGAAUUAUACAGACAGCUCAUCUGCUACCCACAGGUAAGAUCACAUUAUAUAACGUUGGCAUACUUAACCCCCGGAAAGCCGGUUUGGACACAUUUCUCAAGGUUGAUGUUUCUUUGGCCUGUGAGUUGAAAUAAUUAACUGUAAUUGAAUGGAAAUGUACUGGAGUGUGUGUAAUGGAAGUGUACUCAUCAUAGUUACUUUUUCUACCUGACGAUAAAAACCUCUUUGUCGUGUUGUUUAAUGUCAGAUAAUCAUUCAAAUAUCUUCUGUUUCAUGGAGAGUGCAUUCAUCCUUUAUGUAAAUCAUAUUUGAUUCACAGGAAGUCAUCCCAACCUUCGACAUGGCAGUGAACGAGCUCUUUUUUGAGCGCUUCCCAGAUUCUGUUUUGGAGUUUCAAAUCCAAGUCCGCCCCUACAACGCCCUGAAAACUAGGAACAUGAGGAGCCUGAACCCAGAAGGUGUGUGGACUCAUUUUUAAAGCCCCCUCAUGUCACUGGAAGUGUACAAAGUGAAAUCCCACCUAUUAGAUCUGCCGUGCUCAGAUUUCUCCGUCACAUAUUUAGUGUGGGCUUUUUGUGAACACUGCCCAUUGCUUUGGUAAAAUGUGAGGUAUCAGCUUCAGGCUAAAGCCCCCAUGUGUGCCGUCUGCCUUUCCCCCCCCUCAGACAUCGAUCAGCUAAUCACCAUCAGUGGCAUGGUGAUCCGCACCUCGCAGCUGAUCCCAGAGAUGCAGGAGGCAUUCUUCCAGUGCCAGGUGUGCGCCUACAGCACCCGUGUGGAGGUGGAUCGCGGGCGCAUAGCUGAGCCGGCUGUGUGUCGCCACUGCAACACCACCCACAGCCUGGCGCUCGUUCACAACCGUUCAGUCUUUUCUGACAAACAGAUGGUGAGAGUCAAAGGGGUUGGAGGGCAGGUGGUUGGGGCAAAAAUGCUGCCAGUUAUUAACGUCUAAUCUAAGACCAUGUAAAAUGGUAAUUCGUCAAUUUUUUUUGUUGAGGUGGUGACAUCUGUUCUUUUAUCUCCUUAUUAUGUGAAGGUCAAAAUUCAAGAAUCUCCUGAAGACAUGCCGGCAGGUCAGACGCCUCACACAACUAUCGUGUACGCUCACAACGACCUGGUCGAUAAAGUGCAGCCAGGAGACCGGAUCAACAUCACAGGUGAGGUUUCCUCCAAUCAGAAACUAGAACUUCUUACAACAGGAAAUAUAGCUCAAUAUUUUCAGCAUUCAAUUAAUUGGGUCCAAAAUAAGAUGGUGAGGAUGACUUCAAACUACAUUUACAUUUUUGUUCAACAAUCUGUCAGAAUCCUGAACUUUAGUGGUGUUUUAAGAUAAAUGAAAGUUGCUAACAUCAAAACUUGAGAAGCUCGAAAGAGAAUGGAACAAAAUUUUGCUUCAAAGUUACUUUUAAUUGUGAGACACUUGAUGUACCACAGGGUUCCUACACAGUUGGAAUUUCCAUUUAAUUUUAUUUCCAUUUUAUUUUUGGAAAUACCUUCUUUUCUAUUUUAGAAAAUGGUAUCUUAGAACUUUGGUAAUAGUCUAGAAACAAACGUAUUUGUCCAUCCUUUAUUUUUCAUUUUCCAUACUUUUUAAGACCUGGAAAUUGAUCCAAAUUAUUUCCAUACUUGCCAUGCUUGGAACUCUGGUACCAGCAAUGAUUUAGUCUUUAGAUUAGGAACAUUUAAGAUAAAAACCUUACUUACUCUUGAUUCAUAGUCAUUUUGUUUUUAUCUUUGAUCCAAACUGUAAAACAAAUAAUCAAAUUAAUUUAAAAAAAUUCUCAUAUGAACAAAAAAAUAGAUCCUUUUAUUCUCAUGAGCUGACACCAACAAACCUUCAAUAUUGUACCAAAUAAAUAGUUAUCAAAAUGAUAAGUGACCGUCAGAGUUUAAGUCAGAGCUCUUACAAGGAUGGAUAACUGUUUCCUACUUUAAAGGAGUUAUAAGAGCUUCUUAAAUGUCCCCGUAGGUGUCUACAGAGCGGUCCCGAUGCGCGUGAACCCCCGUCAGAACAACGUGAAGUCUGUCUACAAAACCCACAUCGACGCCAUCCACUUCCGCAAGACGGACGAGAAGCGCCUACACGGGUUGGACGAGGAGGCUGAACAGAAGCUCUUCACUGAGGACCGAGUGCAGACUUUGAAGGAGCUGGCAGCGAAGCCAGACGUCUAUGAACGCCUCUCCUCUGCCCUGGCACCCAGUAUUUAUGAGCACGAGGACAUCAAAAAGGUGUGUGACGAGAACGCAAGAUACAACAGACACAAGCAAAAAAAUAGGUUCUUAAGUAGUCCCAUCUUACAGCUCAUUAACAAUCAUUUUGUAUCUUAAGUUGCGUCAAGAUAAAGGUGUGUUGUUGCUCUCCUGUAUUAUUUAUACCCGCCUCUGUUCCUCUGUCUCAGGGUAUUCUGCUGCAGCUGUUUGGAGGCACCCGUAAGGACUUCAGCCAAACCGGUCGGGGUAACUUCCGCGCAGAAGUGAACAUCCUGCUCUGCGGAGACCCCGGCACCAGUAAGUCUCAGUUGCUACAGUACGUCUACAACCUGGUGCCCCGCGGCCAGUACACCUCAGGGAAGGGCUCGAGCGCCGUGGGUCUCACUGCCUACGUGAUGAAGGACCCGGAAACCCGGCAGCUGGUCCUGCAGACCGGAGCGCUGGUGCUGAGCGACAACGGCAUCUGCUGUAUCGACGAGUUCGACAAGAUGAGCGACAGCACGCGCUCAGUGCUGCACGAAGUGAUGGAGCAGCAGACCCUCUCGAUUGCCAAGGUGCGUCCCAGAACUGUUACGACAGAUUCGGAGCAUGUGAGACUGAAAAUCCACAUUUAUUCCCUUGAAACUAGAGAAUAAUUUCCAUCCUUUUCAUCUAUUUUUCCUACAGGCUGGAAUUAUUUGCCAGCUGAACGCUCGUACUGCUGUGUUAGCUGCUGCUAACCCCAUUGAAUCUCAGUGGAACCCUAAAAAGACCACAAUCGAGAACAUUCAGCUGCCGCACACACUUCUUUCCAGGUCAGCUCUCAAUCUUCUCAUUUUUUUAAUACAAUGUUCCUGUAGUUUCAUGUUAGUUUGUUUUUUACACAAUGUCAUGGUUCUCUAUCAGGUUCGACCUCAUCUUCCUGAUGCUGGACCCCCAGGAUGAGGCCUAUGACCGCAGGCUAGCCCACCACCUGGUGUCGCUGUACUACCAGAGCGAGGAGCAGAUGGAGGAGGAGUUCCUCGACAUGGCUGUGCUGAAGGACUACAUCGCGUACGCUCGAACUUACAUCAAUCCUCGGCUGAGCGAGGAGGCCAGCCAGUUCCUCAUCGAGGUUUGACGGAAAACUUUAAGAACUGUCACAGCCUUUCAGUUUUGUCUAAGUGUCGCCAAGAGUAGUAAUCAAUCUGUGUGUUGAUCCUCAGGCCUAUGUGGACAUGAGGAAGAUUGGCAGUGGUCGUGGCAUGGUGUCCGCUUACCCAAGACAGCUGGAGUCCCUGAUCCGCCUGGCAGAGGCCCACGCCAAGGUGCGCUUCUCUGAGAAGGUGGAGACUAUCGACGUGGAGGAGGCCAAGAGGCUGCACCGAGAGGCCCUGAAACAGUCGGCAACAGAUCCCAGAACAGGAUUUGUCGACAUCUCUAUUCUCACAACAGGUAUGAAGCUUAGAGCCAUGUGAAUAAUGGACAACACAUGAAGUUACUCGACUGGAAAUGUUCUUUUGAGAAUAAAUGAAGCUUUGAAAUAAAUGUGGCUUUGUUAGAACAUCAUAUUUUACUGUUUUUAACCCCAAGAACCCAACUGAGAUGAAUUUAUAGCGAUCUUCGGUUGAAAUAUUUGAGUGUAUGAACUUGCACUUUCAGGUAUGAGUGCCACCGCUCGCAAACGCAAGGAAGAGAUCGCUCAGGCCCUGAAGAAACUCAUCCAAGCCAAGGGGAAGACACCAGCCAUGAAAUACCAGCAGCUGCUCGAGGACCUCAGAGGACAGUCUGAAACUGUAAAUACUCCAGUCCUUCUUUCAUCUUACUAACUUCAGAGAUCAAAAUCUCGCUGCAUUUCAUGUAUAAAUCAGAAGAUCACAAUUUUAGGGGAUUUUCUUUAUGUUCCUUUAAGGCAUUGGCCUCAAGUAAAAGACAUUUUCAUUGUGCUUUUCAUUAUCAGCACCACCACCUCCUGCGUUAACUCUCCUGUAUCACUUUCUUCACAGGCGAUCACUAAGGAGCUGUUCGACGAGGCGCUCCGAGCUCUGGCCGAUGAGGAUUACUUGACUGUUACUGGAAAGACUGUUCGUCUCCUCGCCUGAGGCACACCCUGCAAUUAUGUACAGACCGUAAUUUUAAGUCCUCUUGAUCCACAUCAACUUUUUUUUUUUCCUUAAACUGUAGGGGGAAAAAAAGUUUGUAUGAUUGAAUCUGCAUAUGUUUUUUUGGGGCAGAUUAGAUCUCUGCUUAUACUGUGGCACAAAGACAUGAUCCCGAAUCAGCUCAUGACUCAUCUAAAAUAAAGAACACCUUUAUCAGAUAUUAAUGGAGAUAAUAUUUAAAAGUGUUUGUUCUUCGUGUGAUCGUCUCCUGUUGUCACAUACUGCUCUUGUAUGUUAAAGCUCUUUUUUUCAAACUUGUAAAUUUUCAUAAAGUUUGUAAUGUGUUUUUUUUGGGGGGAAGGAUUAAAGGAAAAAAGACAUUUCGUUACAGAUCUCUAAAGACUGUGUGAGACUGAGUGCUUAAUCCCACUGAGUUAAAAUGUUAUUGUAGCUGUUAUUGUUUAUAGAAAAGAAAAUAAAGUGUUCCUUACUAAAUGUG